CAGCGUGUCAUUGAGGACGUCGGAUACAAGUAUAAUGUUCUCUAUGUGAAGUACCAGUGCACCCGCAAAGUUGCAAGCGGAAAGGCCAGGACGUUUUCAACGUUGAGCUCUAGCUUUCUCGAGGCUAACCCAGACGUGGCAGUACAUCUCCCGUUCGUCAUUACCAAGAAAAUGCAGUUUUCUAAGCGGUUAAUGGAGCACGUUCAUGAACAAAAUUCUCUCUCCCAAUGGAUUAUCGCGUACUACGAGUUGCUCUCAAAGUUUGAUUAUGCAGUCGGCCAGAAGUACCGCGAAAAUGCCGCUUAUUUGCCGCCGAUCCCGCCCACCGUCGAUGCAUACCUGAAAAAAAACAAGGUGGUGUCACAAAGCUCAAUGACCGACGCCUGGUUGGCGUACACUGAAUUAUACGGCUCUCUGUGUGAAGUAGUAAUGAAGCAGACCAAAGUGAAGAAGGUCCUGCGUGCUGAUCACUCGGUGAAGUUCUGCAAACGAUUGAAACUGUGGAGCGGUCAUGGACAACGUGAUAAUCUAGCAGACGCAAAAAUGUUGCUUCUGUUGCAAAAUGAAAUCGGGCAGAUAGUUGGUCGGCGUCUGACGAGCUCCGAAAACAAAGAUGAGACCAUGCAACUACUCUCUGACGUUCGACUGCAGCUCGAUGCAGACGGCGACUGCUAUUUCAUCUCUGAUAAUGCGGCAGCCGUGCGGAAAUUCGUUGUGGAAGCGCUGGGCGAUUCUGUCGUUGUCAAACAGGAUCCUUUCCAUGUGAUUCAACGCUUCAGCCAAAAGCUGAAGUCAAAACCCAAGCGGAAGUUGCUGUGCCAGGAGUUGUCAAGUGCGAUGUAUGACGUAGAUCGUGAGUUAAGACCCCCGGUGGAAAUGGAAGCUAACUUGCGAGCAGUGCUUAGCAAGAUAAGUGAUAGCGAGUUG